AUGACUUCUCCCGACGAACGAAUUCGAGGAGAUAACAUCCGCAAAUACUUCGCUGAGCUCUGUGGCCAGGCGAAAAACGACACCAUCCACAAUUUUCUUGAGCGGUACAGAAAACACGCACAAGAGUUGCUCAAUAUUAUCGAAUCAGAGCCCGAGCCCGAUCUCGCUCAAACGCUCCAAACCAGUGUCACUGAGAUUGGUCCCUUGAUCCCAUCUGAACAGCCAGCGACUCCUGAGGCCAUUCGACCACAGCAGGAACUGACAGACAUCUCGCCGUGUGAUUGUUUUACUGUUGGACAACAAUUGCGACUUGUGUUUGAGCGGUUGACGUUAGGUCCUUCAACAGCUGAGAAGAGGGCUCAGCGGGGACGUGUUGAUGACGACGACACGGAUGGUCAACCUGCUGCGAAGCGUCGGAAACUUUCCGACGGCCGUUCAUCUCAUCGCCUUUCCGACCGUCAUAGAGGUUGA